AUGCUCAUACCGUCUUUGAUCUCGCUUCUUCUAGCUUGGGUACUUCUUUUAUGGAGUCGCCGGCAGGCUCCACAUGAACAGGCAGCGCAACUACGACAAUUCGUGCAAAACUAUUUGACAGUCUGCGAGGAGGUGGCUGUUGUAGCCGGAAACCGCGGACUUCUAUUGCCAGAUUUGGUCACUGCUGCGCAGAAACAACUAGACUAUCGGCUCAAACAAGACGCAGUGAGACUCAAAUUCGAAUUAAAGGAUGAUCUUCCCACGAGGAUUAAACCUGCAACCGAAACAAAACCUAUUCCGGGCUCCAUGGCUACGGCAACGGUGGAUAAUAGUACUGUAGAGUUAAACAAUCGCGAGGAGAAUGGUCAAAUUGAAUCCCAAUCACCUGAGGUGCCUUCAGAACCACAAUCUUUGCUGGGAAGAACUUUGGAGCUUCUCUUCUAUGAUGUUCCCGACAUGUGGGUAGACCUUGUUGAACCCAGAACGAUCCUAGUGUACAACUUGGAACAGGUGCACCAGAACGACGUUCCAUUCUACAUGUCACAAGCGCUCUAUGAUGUGUUGCUUGAACCUGACUUAAAGAUGUGGCAGAGCAGUAAACUGCUUUCUUUUGCUGACUACAGACAAGAAGUUACAGUCAACUUUGUCGCAGCUGAAGAAAGUAGCGAAUCCCCACAACAAAUUCUCGAUAGCAUCAAUACAUACAUGAAGCGGUACGAGUUCAUGGCCCCAUUUCUACGGAUCCAGUGGUCCGUCCAGGUACUUGACGUGUCUAAAAGACGAGCAGCACGUCAUUUGACACACAACACCACACAACAACUCACAUUCUUCUACCUGACAAGUCUCAAGCCAUACGCAGAUGCAGUGCAAGGCGUUCCGUUAUAUCAUGUCUCACCUGCUGCACCAGAAAGCCCUGCGCUCCAGGACCACUAUGGAACGCAGUAUGAGGCACAUCAAAAGCGAUUGAAGACAACCGUGUACAACAUGACCAGCUUUUUUAGCGGUGUUUCCAAGGCUAUAGGACAGUUUGUAUACCUUCCCGAGUCUUCAUCAAUGAACUUGUCACUCAGAGCUGCUAGUCUCAUGAAACAUACUACCCUCAAGGGAAUUGAAGAGGUUCUUACGACUUUGCUGGAGCGCGAAAAUUUCGAACCAAAGCUCUAUCAUGAGAUUUGCACCAUUGUCGAUUCUAUUGCAUCCAAUCAAAAGCAUGAUUGGCCUUCACAUCUACAACGAGUCUACAAGGUAUUCCACGAGCUCGAGGCUCAAAGAUUGAAAAAUGAGAAAACACGAGAAGGAUGA